UUCUUGAAUUCUACAAAUACCUCACCAGUUGCUGCAUGACUCAUUUCUGUAAAUGUAUGUAGAGCCAAAAAUGGAACCAAAUGUGGUAAACAUCACUACUAUCACCACCAUGCAAUGAUAAUAUUUCUACCAACAGAAAUGCUGCAACUAUACCCAACCAUUUGAACCCAACAAACCCUAGCAGCAGCCAUGGAUCCUUUGAAAAUGGAACCAGAACCCAAUGGAAACAUAGAAGCUUUAAGUAUCACAGCUGGUGCACCAAAAGCUGGUCUAGUUUCUGCUCACACCAUUGACCAUGAUUCUUGGAGGCAAGUUGGGUUGCUGCUUGUAACAGGUUACAGUUGUGGGUAUAUCUUGAGCUUUUCAAAUCUAAUGCUGGUGCCUCUUGGUUGGAUUUGGGGGAUCAUCAGCUUGAUCAUGGUGGCAGGUUUUAGUGCAUAUUCUAGCUGGCUUUUGGCAGGGUUUCACUUUGUAAAUGGCCAAAGGUUCCUUAGAUACAGAGAUCUUAUGGGCUCUCUUUUUGGAAAAGAAAUGUUCUAUUUCACUUGGGUUUCUCAAAUCUUGAUCCUCCUUCUUACGAAUAUGGGGUUCAUACUUCUUGGAGGGAAGGCGUUAAAGGAAAUCAGUUCAGAACUUGGUGGAUCUCCUAUAAGACUCCAAUAUUAUAUAAUCAUCACGGGUGUCGCCUACUUUGUGUUUUCGAUAUUAGUCCCGACGAUAUCUUCGAUGGGGAAGUGGUUGAUCGUGUCAUCGGUUCUCACGUUUUCUUAUAUCGCGAUUCUUCUGGUAGUUGUAAUCAAGGAUGGAUCGAAAUCUAACAGAGUUAUCGACUAUGAAACUAGAGGAACCAGUGCUUCCAAGAUCUUUAACGGCUUAUGUGCGAUAUCAGCCAUCGUCACUUGCAACUCGGCUGGCAUUAUACCCGAGAUACAGUCGACUUUGCGCAUGCCGGCUGUUGAAAACAUGAGGAAAGCUUUGCAUCUACAAUUUAGUGUCGGUUUAGCAUUCUAUUACGGUGUGAGCGUAGCCGGAUACUGGGCGUACGGUUCAUCGGUCUCUGCAUAUCUUCCUGAGGACUUAAGUGGACCGAGAUGGGCUAAGAUCCUCAUAAACUCGAUCGUUUUCACACAAUCCAUAAUUUCUCAACAUGCGUUUAUCGCACCAGUUCAUGAGGCGCUCGAUACCAAGUUCCUGAAACUCGACAAAGGCAUACAUUCUAGAGAAAACAUCAAAUGUCUGCUGUUCCUGAGGGCGGCCCUCUUUACCGUCAGCACGCUCGUGGCAGCAGCGCUGCCGUUCAUGGGAGAUUUCGUGAACUUGCUAGGAUCGUUUUUACUCACCCCUCUGACCUUCGUGUUCCCCAGCAUGAUCUUUAUCAAGGUGAAGGGAGAAAAGGCGAAGAUGGAGAAGAUCUGGCAUUGGGCAAUUAUCGUUGUAUUCGUUCUUCUGACCGUGGCAACUACGAUCGCUGCGGUUCGAUUGAUUGUAAACAAUGUUGCAAAGUACUAUUUGUUUGCAGACACAUGAUCAUAUGAUCAGUUGCACACAAGAAUUAAGCUUCAGAUUUAUAAUUAGAAGAUUAAUCAACACUUUGCAGACACAUGUCUAUGAAGAUAUAUGGAUUCUAGUGUUCUUAU